GCCACAGUUGAUGUUAUGCCGCGCCGGAGAAAGACGCCGCUUUCGAAGACUACGAUUCACCGUGUUGGCGUGUUCCAACCGCUCAAUCAGUCAUUUCCGAGUACACCUAACCAUUCCUCACAGUCAUUAAUGAACCAGCCGCUGGUGGGUUACUUGGACCUGCUUUUUAAAAGCUCCGGUUUUUUGACAGAUGAUCUGGAUCGCCAAUUCGAGACUGCGUCGAUCACUGAGAUGGAUGAAUCCUCUUGUCUCCGUAACGAGCUGUCCUAUUUCUUCCUCAGUUCAUUGGAGCGUUGGAAACAGUCUGGGGAUAUUUCCUACACGAUGGUUGUUCAAUUUCUCAAGCUUGUAAUCGUCACAUCCCAGCUACUCCUCUUCGGCUCCCUCUCCUCAACUCGCAUUAGUUACGGUGAACGCGCGGAAUUAUCGUUCAAGCACAUGUACCUCCUGGACUGGGACCCUCAAUACGAAACACUGCCGUAUCCCCCGAGCACCGGCAUCUAUUCAGUCUACAGUCGCGAGCAGCUCUACUCGAGUGUCGGUUUCGCUCUCAGAGAGUUCAACGCGACAGAGCUGACCUCUCUUAACGGCUACUCGUUCACUGAGGCGGGUCGUUCUGUCAGAGUUUGUACAGCACAAUUUGAACCUUCCGCUGCUUCUCUAAGUGAUUCUGACGCUGUGAAAGUUUUGCAGUUGAAAGCGUUGGGUGUGCGGGACCUCAUUUUCUGUGCCUUUUUCUCUGUAGUGUGCCGAAAUCUUGACCUCGUUAAUAUCUCCAAAAGUGCACUCAUCGACGGCGAUCACACCAAGAGGCUUCUUGACUCGCGUGGGUUGAGUGUCGAUUUUGCAAGAUUCCAGAGUCUUUCACUGUAUUUUUCCCUGAACUCGCCACCGAUUCAUCAUACGGAUUGGGACAUGAGCGUCGAGUGCUUUCAGUUCGACAUUGAAAUCACCUUCGAUAACUCGGGUCAAACUGGCCAGGUGAUGGUACGACUGCAGUCGAGCGUUCUGGAGAUUCUCUGCUCGGCCCAACAUUCAGGGGAAUCUGGCGCGUCUUCCAUUCAGUCCUUUCCUGGGGUGAGCGGUACUGCACCGGUCCUGCGCCGUGUCGUUCACCUUGUGGUCGACUUGAUGGCAUUCAACGUCGCACUUGUCUCGCUCGGACUCUGCAUUGCUUCGAUAAGCCACGCUGUUCGUCUGUGGAAGAGGACUCGGCAUUUCUUCGCCGCACACUACGGAAUGCAACUGACUGGGGUUUUUUUCGAGUUCGUCAAUCCUUGGCUUUUUCUCGUGCUGAAGAGCGAUGCACUCAUAAUCGCUGGCUCGAUUUCCAAACUCGUACACAACAGAAACAUUCUGGAGGCAUAUCGUGAGCUCUCCUAUCUCCUGGGCUUAGGCACACUGCUGGUUUGGAUCAGUGUCCUUCGCUACGCGGAAUUUUCGUCACAAACUCACUUGCUGUUGCGCACCAUCAAGCGCUCAGUCCCGGGCCUGCUGCGAUUUUGUGCCUGCGCGCUCAUCCUCUACUUCGCCUUCGUUCUUUCCGCCUGGGUCAUUUUGGGUCCCUUUAAUGUGAAAUUCCGCACCUUCACGUCGUCCCUAGAGUGCUUGUUCAGUCUCAUUAACGGAGACGACAUGUAUGUCACAUUUUCGAUUAUCGAUCGGACCAAGGGACUAGGUAUUUUUCUCUUCUCGCGAAUCUUCCUCUACACCUUCAUCACACUCUUCAUCUACGCCGUCCUCAACAUCUUCGUGACCAUCAUUUUUGAGGCAUACGAGGAUGUCAAGGACAACGACGACGAUGACAAGCAUAGUCCGCUGUGGCACUUUAUCUCACAAAACAAGCCACCGCGACUAUCCGUUGAGACGCAGGUCGACGAUUGUGGGAUGGCGCGUGCGAACUCGCGCUGCGAGACCCCCGAACCCGCAGCCCCCUCGGCCCUGUCCCGUCAACACUCUCCAGCCCCACCGGAGGCCCCGCCAGCGGCCACAAGUUGCGCCCGCCACGACGACAAGGCUGAGUGCACAGGACACGGGUGUUAG